AUGUCAUCCAAAGAGAAUAUUUAUAUUGGACAUAUUCUACUCAUAAUAAUCCUUUAUCUUCUCCAAGGAUUUAUUCAAGGUUUUACAUCAUCAAUUCAAUUAUAUUUAGCUUCUUAUAAAGCAUCAUGGCAACAACAAGCAACAUUUAGUUGGGUUUUUUAUCCGUUUAGUCUUAAAAUUCUUUGGGCACCUAUAUUAGAUUCAAUUUAUUAUUAUAGAUUUGGUCGUUAUCUAACAUGGUUAAUACCUAUUCAAAUAACAAUUGGUAUUAUUCUAAUUACUAUGUCAUUCUAUUUAGAAUCUCUAUUAAUUAAUCUAGAAAUUCUUCCAUUAACAUUUAUAUUUAUAAUUAUAUAUUUUCUAAUAGCAAGUCAAGAUAUUGUUGUUGAUGGAUGGUCUGUUGUAUUAUUUUCUAGUUCAAAUCCACAAUGGGCAUCAACUGGUCAAACAAUUGGACAAGUUAUUGGAUAUUUUCUUGCUUCAACAGUAUUAAUAACAUUUGAAUCAUCAAAUUUUACAAAUACAUAUAUUCGUGAACCUCUUUCUUUACCUAAACGUUCAUCAGGAUUAUUUACUCUUCAACAAUUUACUUUCUUUGGUGGUAUCGGAUUUUUCAUCAUUAGUAUUAUUAUUUCAGUAAUCUUCUUUUUUAAAAAACCAUCCUAUAAAACAAUAAAUGUUAAUGUACAAAAAAAAAUAUAUAAAAAAUUAGACUUAUUUGAAACAUAUUCAUCUAUAUUAAAAUUAUUUCAAAAACAAUGUAUGCGCAAAUUUACUUUAAUAUUAUUAACUUUCGAAGUUGGAUUUGCAGCAACUAAUUAUAUGACUACUUUAUCACUAUCAGAAUAUGGUAUAACACGUGAUACUAUUGCUCUUGUCAACAUUCCUCCAGUUGUAUUAUAUAUUAUUAUACCAUUGUAUAUGAGUAGAAUACGACGUCCUUUAAAAUGGUUUGCUUAUGGUUAUAUUCCUCGUUUAAUCAGUGCUCUUAUUUUGGCUAUUUAUAUACAUUUUAUCCCAGAUAUUAUUCAUACAUCAUAUUUUUAUCCUAUUCUAAUUAUUUUAUUUUGUAUGAAUCAAGCAGCACUCUAUAUAAUGGUAGUAGCACGUGUUGGAUUUUGUGCACGAAUUAGUGAACCAGAAAUAGCUGGAACAUAUAUGACAUUAUUAGCAACUAUAUCCAAUUUAGGUCAAAGUAUUUUAUCAACAUUAGUAUUGUAUAUUGCAAAUUGGUUACCUAAAACACAUGCGUAUUCUAUUGAAGUGGGUGGAUGUAUUAUAUUUGGUUUAAUAUGGAUAAGAUUGUUUUGGUAUACAUUAAGAGAUUUGGAUAAUUUACCUGUUGAAGAAUGGUAUUUAAAACCUCCAACUGAUGUUAAUAUCACAGUUUUUUAUGAUACUAAAGAUACAGUCAAAUACAAUUGA